AUCUGGUGAAUCCGCAAAAUUCACCCUUCGAGUUUCUGGAGAUUUAAUGGCUAGCUCUCACGGUCUUGCAGGUGUAGGUUGGGCUAGGGAGUUAUCGGGACAGAAGACCAUCACUCAUCCAGAAGAAGCUUAGUGUCACCUCCAGUCUUCUUUAAAAUCAGAGCUGAAGACCGUAGCCGACUCCGAAAGAGUGGCCAAAAAUAGUCAGUGGAUAUCAACAGCUUCUUUCGAACUUAUGGAUGCACGUGAAAGCAUCCCGGCUUGCAGGCUCUGAGUACAAUGAAGAGCGAGCGCAACUAAAACGUAGAUUGAUGAAAAGUCUGCGCAACGAUCGCGAACAGUGGUGGGCAGCGAAGGUUAAACAGAUGGAAAAGGCGGCGGCGAUUGGUAACAGUAGACAGUUAUUUAGACUUAUUAAGGAGACUGGGGGAAAAAGGUCAACAACAGUUAGUGAGACCAUAGCGGAGAAGGACGGAUCUGUGAUUCACUCGCAGGGGAGACGACUGGAACGAUGGGUAGAACACUUCGAGGAACAGUUUAACUGGCCUCCAGCCACCAGUGCGUUGCCCGCUAUCCAGUCGCAUCCUGAAUCGGACAUAGAGAUAGGCCUACAAACACUAGAAGAAGUUGAGAAAGCGGUAGGUAACUUGAAACGAGGAAGGGCAGCAGGACCAGACGGACUAACUCCAGAUGUAUACAAGGAUGGUGGUGGAGUGCUCUUAGUCAGGUUAACGGAAGUGUUAACUAGUAUAUGGGAAUCAAAUACGAUCCCCUCCAACUGGUCUAAGUCACGCAUUAUCCCAGUCUUCAAGAAAGGCGAGAAGUCCUCUUGUGACAACCACAGAGGAAUCAGCCUGACGAACAUAGUAUCCAAAAUCCUAGGUUCUAAAAUUAUCCGAUGCCUGAGUGGAGCUCGGGAACUGCAAGCCGAGAAAAUCAGGCAGGUAGGAUUUAGACCCGCCAACGGGUGUGUCGACCAAAUAUUCAAACUGCGCCAGGUUUUGGAACACAGACAUGCUUACCGACACCCGACAAUAGCUGUAUUUCUCGACCUGAAGGUGGCAUAUCAACUCCGUUGAUCGAGAAGUCUUAUGGCAAUGUCUUUCACUGAAAAGCGUGCCGAGUAAAUACAUCAACUUAUUGAAGGCUCUC